GAGAGAGUGAGAGACAGUGGGAGGAGGAGGAGAGCGAAUAGGAGGAGGAGGUUUUUCUGUAGUAGGAAGCAGGCAGGCUGAGCGUAUUUCACUGCAGUGCCUGACAGAAGCUCCUUCCUGCUCCUUCCUGUCAGUCUGCUGCUGCUCACUCGGCUGUAGAGUGAGCACACGCGCACGCACGCACGCACGCACACACACGCACGCGCGCACACUCUCGGCUUCCUGGAAUAGACACCGGCUACUCUCACCCUCUCGCUGCAUGACUGUCACAAAGAUGUCAUGGCGCCCGGCCUACCGAAGCUCCAAGUUUCGAAACGUCUAUGGCAAAGUUGCCAACAGGGAGCACUGCUUCGAAGGCAUCCCCAUCACCAAGAACGUCCAUGACAACCACUUCUGCGCUGUCAACAGCAAGUUCCUGGCUAUAGUGACAGAGAGUGCUGGAGGAGGAGCCUUCAUCGUUAUCCCAGUCACUCAGACUGGCCGUAUCGACCCUCACCACCCAAAGGUCUGCGGUCACCAAGGCAACGUGCUGGAUAUCAAGUGGAACCCUUUCCAUGAGAACAUUAUUGCUUCCUGCUCAGAAGACUCUUCUGUGCGGAUAUGGGAGAUUCCAGAUGGUGGACUGAGAAGGAAUUUGACUGAACCCAUAUUGGAGCUGUAUGGUCACAGUAGACGAGUGGGACUUAUACAAUGGCACCCGACCAGCAGCGGCAUCCUGUUUAGCGCGGGAUACGACUACAAGAUCCUGAUCUGGAACCUGGAGAUUGGUGAACCGGUAAAGAUGAUCGACUGCCACACAGAUGGGAUCCUCUGCAUGUCCUUCAACACUGAUGGAAGCCUGUUGGCUACGAGCUGCAAGGACAAGAAGCUACGUGUCAUUGAACCCCGCUCAGGCCAGGUGCUACAGGAGGCGAGCUGCAAGAAUCACAAAGUAAACCGUGUUGUGUUCCUGGGCAACAUGAAACGGCUCCUGACGACGGGGGUGUCCCGCUGGAACACACGACAGAUUGCACUCUGGGAUCAGGAGGAUCUGUCCAUGCCAAUAACAGAGGAGGAGGUAGACGGCCUCUCGGGGUUGCUCUUCCCUUUCUAUGAUGCAGACACACAUAUGCUGUAUCUGGCAGGCAAGGGCGACGGUAACAUUCGCUACUAUGAAGUGACUACGGAGAAGCCUUACCUGCAAUACCUGAUGGAGUUCAGGUCCCCUGCACCUCAGAAAGGACUCUGUAUAAUGCCUAAACAUGGCUUAGAUGUGGCGUCCUGUGAGGUGUUUAGGUUCUAUAAGCUGGUGACACUGAAGGGAUUGAUCGAGCCCAUCUCCAUGAUCGUGCCUAGAAGGUCAGAGACAUAUCAGGAGGACAUCUACCCCAUGACUCCAGGGACAGAAGCUGCUCUCUCUGCUGAUGAGUGGCUCAGUGGUGUUAAUCGAGGGCCAGUGUUAAUGUCUCUCAAGGAGGGCUACAGCAAACCCACUAAACUGGUGUUCAAGGCUCCGGUGAAGGAGAAGAAGAGUGUGGUGGUGAACGGAAUUGACCUGCUGGAAAAUGUGCCUCCCCGCACAGAGAACGAGCUCUUGCGGAUGUUCUUCAGGCAGCAGGACGAGUUGCGGCGGCUGAAAGACGAGCUAGCGCAGAAGGACAUUAAAAUACGACAACUGGAGCUGGAGAUGAACAAUCUGAGAAACAGUCCAAACGUUGCCAAUAGUAACAACAAUAACAAUAGCAGUGACAACAGCAUGUGACCAGGGUCAGGCCCUUGUAAACUAACUCUCAGUACUGCUGAACAAUUUCCUGGAUCCGUCUCUCUUAUAUCCCAGCGUUUAUCCCCACCAUAAAGUGUCUCACUUUGAUCCUAACUGUUAAUGCCUUUAAUGCUGUCAGACUCUACUGGGGCGUAAGUCGACCCCUUUAUCACUAAAACCUCUUACACCUUAUGGCCUGUGUUUACUGCUGCAUUCCCAGCAGGAUCAGUAUACCUACGGCUCACAUUUACAAACACAAAGAUUUGCAGAGAAAAAGUAGUUCAAAGGGACAAAAAUUCUUUUAGAUUUCGUUAUUGCUAUUUAACUCUAUUAAUUGCAUUUUACUUAUUUUUACACAUAUUUUUCUGUCUUUCACUUUUAUACAUAUUUCUGCUCUGUGGCGGAUAUGUGGACAGCCGAAUUACAGUAUUGGAUUGGAAUGGAUUUGACAGGUUGUUUGAAACAAGCCAUUAACUGUACUAUGUUUGUGCAUGUGUGUUUUUUCUUUAUAUUUGUAAUUAUUUAUUUUGUUAUAUAGGUUUUUUUUUUCAAUUACUCACCAUUUUUAAUGAUUAAGCUCAUCUCAUCUCAGUUCAUUAGCUGGUCAACCAAAUAUGUCUUCUAGAAGUCAUUUUGCUUGUCUUGUCUUUUUUUUCCCCUACAGCCUUAAAGAUACAAUAGGUAUAAUUUACUUAGGAACGGAUUUUGAAUUAAAGAUGCAGUUGUAUCUGUUAA